AGGGGGAGGGUCUUGAUCCAACAGAAGCUCUUCGGUAGCAGAACUGGUCUCAUCAGUCGGGCUUCACGGAUGGUCAACAGAGCGCGCUCAGUUCAUCUUUUUCUACAAUUAUUUUCUUUUAAUUCAGCUGCAGAACAUUUGGGAGGAGAGAGUCGCCAGGAGGUUCCAGAACCCUGGAGGUUCCAGAACCCUGGAGGUUCUCCCCUAGAGGUUCCAGAACCCUGGAGGUUCUCCCCUAGAGGUUCCAGAACCCUGGAGGUUCCAGAACCCUGGAGGUUCUCCCCUAGAGGUUCCAGAACCCUGGAGGUUCUCCCCCAGAGGUUCCAGAACCCUGGAGGUUCCAGAACCCUGGAGCUUCUCCCCCAGAGGUUCCAGAACCCUGGAGGUUCUCCCCUAGAGGUUCCAGAACCCUGGAGGUUCUCCCCCAGAGGUUCCAGAACCCUGGAGGUUCCAGAACCCUGGAGGUUCUCCCCUAGAGGUUCCAGAACCCUGGAGGUUCCAGAACCCUGGAGGUUCUCCCCUAGAGGUUCCAGAACCCUGGAGGUUCUCCCCCAGAGGUUCCAGAACCCUGGAGGUUCUCCCCCAGAGGUUCCAGAACCCUUGAGGUUCCAGAAACCUGGAGGUUCCAGAACCCUGGAGGUUCUCCCCCGGAGGUUCCAGAACCCUGGAGGUUCCAGAACCCUGGAGGUUCUCCCCCAGAGGUUCCAGAACCCUGGAGGUUCUCCCCCAGAGGUUCCAGAACCCAGGAGGUUCUCCCCCAGAGGUUCCAGAACCCUGGAGGUUCUCCUCCAGAGGUUCCAGAACCCAGGAGGUUCCAGAACCCUGGAGGUUCUCCCCCAGAGGUUCCACAGAAGAAGUUAGUGCGCCCCACCAAUUAAGUGAUUUAGUAGGAACUGUUCCCAGAAUGCUUUACUUGGUUAGGUCACCCUGCCUCCAGAUAUCUAGUCAUGUCUUCUUUUUGAAGUAAGUUGAGAGAGAAGUUUGGACUGAACUGGAGUUCCUCCAGUUUCAGCCAGUUCACCCACAGCUGUGGCCUUUGACUAGGCCCAGUUAGA